AUGGACUGUGCUCAUCUGUGUCUUCGUGAGAAUGGUCAAUGUCGAUCAGUCAAUUUUUAUCAAACACUAAGUGAUGAGGGUAAACCAAGAUUUAAUUGUCAGCUGAAUAACUCAACAAAAGAAAAAUUUAUUCAAAAGUUUGUAAGAAACCCUUCGUUUGAUUAUCUUGAACCAAAAGAGGUAUAGUGUUACCGAUUAAAAUACUUUGCUGAUGUAGUUUCACGUUCAAUUGCACUUUUUCUUAUGUGCAUGCAUUAGUAAAUAGGCUAGUUUAUAAAUGCAUGUCAAACCUUAUGUACAGUAUUACCACUAUUCUUGUGUUUCCAAGCCGGUUUAAAUAAAAGCUUAAUCUGUAAUCCAACUUGUACUUUUAACCAGGAUCUUAGCUAAUAUUUUAUAUUUGUGUCUGUAUACUUGCCAAUUACCCAGAAUAGCCAAAUGCACGGCACUUGUUACACUAGCCAACAAUAUAUAGACUAUGCCCGUGGUUGUUCUACUCUAUGUUUUACAACCAAACUCGCAAAUGGCACAUUCAUGGCAGUCGCCAAGAGGCUUAACCAGGGGGGGGGGUAUCGUAUCUCCUGACAAAAUUUGAAAAUUUACCGACAACAUUGAAAUAUUGAAAUAUUUCUUUUUCUCAAACAUUUUGGCAAGCAAGAGAGCUAGGAGGGAGGUGGGGGCGCUCAACAUAAAAAAUUUUACCGACAUUAUAUUUGGGGUUUUUUUCGUUCAACGUUUACCGUUAUUCCCUUAAGUUCUCCUUCAAUGUUCGUACAUUUCUCCAAGUUUUAGCAACAAUCAGUAGUUUUUAUAAUCACUGCCACUCAAAUAUUUUAGUUAUUUUCUUUCCUAUCAAAUUAACCAAAUUAUUUCAUUAACCUCCCUUUUUCGGUCUUUACAGAGAAAUAUCGGACCUCGGUCUUUUUGUACAAACCUCACCGUAUAGGGGCUCAGCCCAAAGAGUGUUUCCGUGUUCUCCAAAAUUAUCCUGAACUGGUGGGGGGUGUUUACAAUAUUAUAUUUUGGAAAUUCUAAAUUUUUUUUGUGUUUUUCUAAUAAUUGUGGUACAAGCAUUCAAAAUUAUGCUGAUUUAAAAAAAAUCGCCGUUAGUAAUAUAAAAUGGUCUCAGCCCCCCGGAGCCCCCCUCCACUACACCACUGGGAAAUUCUCUCUUUCUUAAGUAGAAACAUUUUACUUUAUCAACCUAUAUAUACGACGUUUUAUAUAAGUAAUACCCAAUGGAACCGCGCUCGUUUUAUCUUGCCAUGUUUUUCGGGUAGUCAUGCUACGGUACGGCACUAACCCCCCAGCUAUUCAAAAAGAGUACUCGCUCAAGGGAAGCUGAGAUUGAACCUCCACGCUUUGAGUGUGAGCGAGUUUUCAGACUAAAUACAGGCGUAUGUCUCGUUCCUUCUGAUAAGCCAUUUUUUUAUCGUAGAUCGUGAAUGGUGUUCUGGUUCCAAUGUACGCCUCCACAGAAAAUAAAGGUAAUCUUCGGACUUUCACACGAUUGUGGUAUUGUUAUAUUUGAGUGCCAAUUGAGAAAGUAAAAACAAAAAGCCUUGUUUAAACUGCAUGCUUCUGCCUACUGAUUUGGUGCGACUAGUUAACCCACUCUAGAACUUCAUGAUCAGUCUGCAAUUCCUAUAUCAUGGAAACCAGAAAUUGUAGAAUGCAUGCACUACCAAUUGUUUGUUGAAAUAGUUUCACAAAGAGCAUAUAUAUAACGUAUAUUUAAUUUGUUUUUCUAGUCUACAAAAGCUGUACUCAACUAUACAAGGAAGGUGUAAGAAACAAUGGUAUCUAUAAUAUCGAACUGGAUGGGAAAGGAACGUUUUCAGUAAGAUGUGAUAUGAAAUCUUCGGGAGGUGGGUGGACAGUCUUUCAAAGACGUUUUAACGGGAGUGUUGACUUUUACCGAAAUUGGACAGAUUAUAAGAGUGGUUUUGGCGAUUUGAGUGGCGACUUUUGGCUGGGUUUAGAUAGGAUUCAUCAAAUGUCUAAUAACAUUGAGAAUGUUUUAAGAAUUGAAAUGGAGGAUUUUGAAGGAGAGAGACGUUAUGCCCAAUAUCGUCUGUUUCAAGUUCUUAAUGAAUGCGAGCAAUACAAAUUGAUUAUUGGAAAUUAUUCAGGUUAGUCUUUUGGAUAUAAUUAUGUUUCUAAGAUGACAUACCGGCCACGAGAUGAUAAAGAUCUAUUAACGCUCCCAUCACUGUUUAAACUGGGAGGGAAUUUUGGCUGUGAAGUUCUCCGUGACCGCCAUAAAUAUAUUAAAUAUAUUGUAACUCGGAAUUACGAACUAUAUAUAAUAGCUGAAAGUCAUAAACAUUUUCGGUUAUAUUAAUACAGCAUCAAAAAUACUAUAAUUCUGCAAGUGUUAUAUAAUAAUUUGUGUUAUUGUUCACUCGGUAAUAUGAUAUAUAAGGAUGAACGGUUCUCGAGUGAGAAAUAUAUUAUUUAUACAGGGUGUAUCAAAAAAAACUGAACAGAUUUAAAAUUGCUCUCAAUUUCGCAAAACAGCUAUUUGUAUCCGGUUUUUUAUAUAUAUAGCCUCUUUGGGUACUUAUAAUGUAGAAUAAUGAGAAAAAUUUCUCGAUUGUGAACCAGGGGGGUGUGUCUUUUCCAACAAAUUAAAAAUGGCUCGCGCACAAAAUUUAAAAGCUGCAAUCAUAUUUUGAGUUAACAGAUGGAAAAUUUGUCGGGUUUUUAAUUACUGUACAAAAUUUCAGACAAUUUGGUUUAGUAUAAGCCACUUAACUAUUCACGCAAAGUUACAAUUUUCCCGAAAAAUCAGCUAUUUGCAUGCUUAAUUAAUGCAUUUGCCUAAUUUGCAUAUGUCAGCAAUAUGCAAAUUAGGUAAAGGCAUUAAUUAAGCAUGCGAAAGGCUGACUUUUUAGAACAAAAUGAAUAGUUAAAGGGCUUAAACUAAACCAAAUUGUCUGAAAUUUUGUACAGUAAUUAAAAACCCGACAACGUUUCAAUCUAUUAACUCAAAAUAUGAUUACAGCUUUUACAUUUUGUGCGCGAGCCAUUUUAAUUUGUUGGAAAAGACACCCCCCCUGGUCCACAAAAUUUGAGUUCGAGAAAUUUUUUUCAUUAUUUUACAUUAUAAGUACCCAAAGAAGCUAUAUAUAUAAAAACCAGAUACAAAUAGGUGUUUUGCGAAAUUGAGAGCAAUUUCAAAUCUGUUCAGUUUUUUUUGAUACACCCUGUAUAGUGUUUGUGAACUAUAUAUUGAAUACUGAUUAGUUAUUCCCAUUUGGAUUAGUUAUUAGCAUAUUAAUUAGCUAUAUUACAACCCUGCCCUUGGAAACUAUGAGAAAACGAGCAAGACUUGUCACCAUGUAUAAGAUGUGCCAUGGUUAUCUAGAAGGCAAUUGGGGAGAAUAUCUGAUCCCAAAUAAUGAGAAAAGAACACGGGGUAGUCACCAGUUUAAGUUCAGAAUUCCCAAAGCAAGAAUAAACAUUUUUAAAUAUUCAUUUUUUACAAGGACAAUAAGUGAAUGGAAUAAACUAUAUUAUAUAAUACCUUAUUGAAUUCUGAUCGUUUAAUUGGCUGUUUAUGGUCACGUGAUAUUGAAUGGAAAAUUCCAUUUCCCAAGAGUGCAAUGGAAUACGUUCCAUUGCACUCUUGCGAGUGCAAUUGUACUAUACGUUUUGUUCCAUUGCACUCUUUGUGUUUUCGAUAAAUCGCAUCCGUCAAAAUGCUUCUCGUACGGUGAUCGCAGUUUAUUUUAACCCGAUAUUCGAAACUCAGUAAAUGGGAUUUAAUGCAAAUACGACUCGUCAAAAUGGCGAAAUCUUACAGUAAACCUUUUAAUAUUAGUCUAUUUUGGUAUUAUAUAAAACAAAUAAUGAAUGUUUUUAUUCGUGCAAUGGUAAGAAUAUUUUCAUUCGGUGAAAGAUGGAAUGUUCCAUUCAACUCGGUGGUCGCCUCGUUGAAUGGAACAUUCCAUCUUUCACCUCAUGAAAAUAUUCUUACCAUUGCACUCAUAAACAUUCAUUAUUUGUAUACCAGCUGACACUGUUACUGCUAAAUCUUUUGACAUUUUUAAAAACAGCUUAUUUUAAAAAUUAAUUAAUUGAACGAUUUUAUAAUAGUUUUAGUGUAUAUUUAGUUAGUACUGAUUUUUAAUUUAUAGUAGUUGGCGCGAUAUCCCUCAAGGAUUUUGCCGACUUCAACCAAUGUUAAUGUAAAUUAUGUAGCCUAAUAGCCUUGUUGAGUCAAUUUUGAUCACUUGACUAGUAAUCACUACAGUGUCAUAUUACUCAAAUAGACAUAUAUCAAUAUUAUAAAAAUCUAUUAAACAUUAACAUUCAUUUGUAAAAGCUGACCUUUAUAUCCUAUGUAUACUGCAUUUAUAUCGGUUAUCCUCGAUAUUAAUAGCCUUCUGAGUUCUGACGGUCUUUAUUUCAACCGCAAAAAUUUGUUGUGUAAAUCAAAAUUCAUAGCUAAAUCUCAAUCAAGAUACAUGUAUAAAUGUAUUUACAUGUGCCUGGCGCGCAUCUUGUUCGCUUAUAAAUAUUGUUAUGCUACCAAAACGAAAUAAAAUGAAUUCACAUUAAAUUUACCUUAUUGCACUAUUCAGAAUAAAGAUCUUGGUGCCAUACAUCUACUCAAACAGUCAAACUGUAGUUCGUGCUACUCAUUGCGCCUAGCAACUGCUCAACCGAACCAGUCUCCGAUAUAGCGUCGAUUUUCCUCCCAAGAUCAGCCCAACAGGCAACAACAGUCUUGUAAGACAGCUAAAUCAUUCACCGCAAAUGCGGAUUGAACCGUUUCGUAAAUACUACAAGCCAAGGAGCAGCAGACAUUUCCGAAUUUUCCAUAGAAAUCUUUAAAUUGAAUCUUUCGACAAAGCUCCAAGUACAUGACACUAGCUUCGAAUGAGCGCGCGCUCGGAAAGGCUUAAUUACCACGCGUCAAAUAUUAAUGAUAUUCCAACAAAUGGGGCACCCCUGACUUUUGUAAAUAGGUCAGAACUCCCCACAGAUCAGUCAAAAUCGGAAAAAAUCGCUUGUUUUCAUUUGAAAUAAGCGUCUAGAGUCUAGACCAAUCUAGCCUACAGUGUAGACCCCAGCAGAAACGUGUUUCUGCUGGGGUCUACACCGUAGGCUAAGACCAAUCAGAACACUGGAUUUUGACUUUUUGACUGAUCGACUUUGCGUAUGUCAGCUGCUCACUGACUUGACUAAGCUCGUCGUCUCAGCCACUGUAUGAAAUUUGAUCAUAUCACUGGACUGGAAUGUUAAUUGCUAGCGCUGCAUGAUAAUAGAUACUGGACUGUUAUAAGGUGCCGCUGCAUGAUAAAAAAUAACUGCACUAUUGGUCGAAUAUUUAAAGUGGAAGUCAAGUCCGUUAUGCGCAUCGGUUCUGCGCAUCGGUUCUGCUCAUAACAAUGUGAACUUUAAUGUCAACAUUGCCUAAAUUUCGAAUGUUUCGAAUUUUUCUGAACAUAAACUCUAUUUCAUAUUCAUUUAGAAGCAUAGCGAACCAAAAUGGUGUUAGAUAUUCAGACAGUACAUCAUAUUUUAAAAAAUACAGCAGUUCAAUAUGUGAACAAUUGCAAUUUUUACGUUAGUCGCUUGACCGGUUUGACGACCCCCAAUCUCGUUCCCCGAGCCUGCGAUCCUCGGGAAGGAACGUGAGGCUCUGAGAUAAUCCGUUUCAAUGAGGAAACUGAUUGGCCGUUCAAAUGGAUGCACAGUUCAAUCUUAGCCAGGAUUCCUGGUUUCCGGCAGCGGAUUAUCCCAGAGCGUCACGUUCCUUCCCGAGGAUCGCAGGCUCGGAGAACGAGAUUGGACGACCCCUAGAUCGGCAACAUACGCAACAUCAGCUUUUUAUUAAAGCAAACCGAGAGGCGAUACCGAUCAAUUCUUGAAGAAAACUUGUUUUGAUCCUAUAGUAUAGCUCAGUGUUUUGAUCUCGUGGCGGUAUAGCCUGCGAUUCGCAGGCUAGUGGCGGCAAAGCAACCUCGUUCCCAGGCUUUUUCCUCUUGGCGGGGGCACUGCGCCCGCGCUACUUGUUAUUCUUCAGCGGUAGAUUUCCGGAAUACUUCAUGUAGAAUCAAAAUUAAUGUACUUUGUUAUGAUUCGAAAAUGGACUCAAAUUUCAAGUAUAAAGUUUCACUUUGAAUUUAUAUUUUACAUAUAAAUUUAAUCGGUAUCAUACUUGCAAGGUGGGCCCUGUGGCUGUGGCCUGUUCUGGCUCAACCGUUUCCGGCUUCCGCAAAAGAAGAGUUCAGUAUAAAUAGCAGAGAGGAAAGAAAGUUUAUUGCUAUAAAGUUUUCAUUCGAAAGCCGGAAAGCGUACAUCUCGUUUAUUUAUAUAACAAAAAGAGCAGUAGAGUCGUUUAAAAGGGCAGUAUAGUGAAAUAUUAAAGACGUAUUAUCACAAACUCUUGCUAAACGAUGUCGUAAUGUGUGCACUGUGGUUGUGUAAAUGCUGAUAGAUCAGAUGACAGAUGUCUACACAGACUACAAACGCACCCCCACGUCUCUUGACCGAUCAUACUCCGUCUGAUGACACAGAGAACAAUAUUGACAUUAUGUCUUCGACCGAAAUGAGAAUGAACGCAAGCGAUAUCACCGAUAUUUCAAAUGUAGAGGUAAGCUCGUAUUGAAGCACUUUUAAAUAAAAUAUCGUUCAUAUAUCGUUAAAUUAAUGCGGGUUUGCGUUGAACCUGAGGCGUUCACACUGUUUAUUACUCUUUGUUCACUUGAGGUUGAUAUCAUGAGCCUCGAUCGUCAUGAGCCGUUUGUUAAUAUUGUUUGUUUAUUGUCCUUGCUGCUUUAUACAAUUGUUUGUUAUGCAUAUCUCAAUGUAAAUGGGGGUCCAGCCAAAGCCUGCAGAUAUUUUGCCUUGAAUGCUCAUCCAUGCAGCCAGGAAUUUGAACAUCAAAUUAUGUGUGACUAAGGGAGCAUUCAUUUUUUAGCUGUGGGGGUGGGCCGGAGGAACUGAUGUCUAAUUCCAUGCCAAAACUUGGAACCCCCAAGUGAAAAGUUGAUAAAAAAUUAUGCCCCCCUAUUUUUUUUACUGAAAAUUUUUUUGACCCCUCAUCCUAACUAUUAAUAAUCUACACAGUGGCGUUUCCGUAGCGAUUCAGGGCCGUAGGGAGCUCUUUUUGAUUGGGGAGCUGAAAGCGAGGUCCGAAGGCUCGAGGAAAUUUUUAAAUCUAGAGUCUCUGAAAUGCCAUUUCCUGGACUUUGGGGGAAGAUUUGACAGAAUUCUGAUGGCCAGAUAACAGCGUCUUAGUAUGUCGAAAUUGACAAUUUGGUAGUACUAAAUGGGCGAACGCGUAUUUAAUUAACCAUAUAUUGGAUAACUAGGAUAAGUUGCAGGAAACUGUGGGUACUAUUUUCAUUCUUUGCAGUUUGUCAUGCAUAAUGUAGCCGCUUAAAAUUAAUAAAGCUUAAAAUUGAUAAUGGUCGUGAUGAAAUGCAUGCAGACCUUGAAAUCAUGCAUGAUUUUGAAAUCAUGCUACGGUCCUGCGUUUUCUUUCAUUCAUGUUUUCACACAAAAACGGAUAAAAACGAGGCCAAAUGACAAAAGUCAUGGAAACGUUUUCCUAUGGACUGUGUGAAAAGACCAUCAAAUGAAUUUUGCUUCUUUGUUAAAGAUGACGAGAUAGUUUCUAGACCUUUUUACCAUUCUUCAUCCAAAUAUUUCCAAAUUCUAUAAAAUUAUAUUGGUGACUUUUUCACUGAUUAUUUUUAUGACCCCCUCCAUUUAUACCAAAACUUUAAAAAGACCCACCCCUUUGAAGCAUGACGAAAUUGGCUGACCCACCCCCAAAUUCCUCUGCCCCCCCAGCUAAAAAACGAGUGCUCCCUAAAGGUCAAAUUUGUUCUGAUGCUCUUUAAAUUAUAAUCUGCUGCCAAGAAUGGUUGUUCUGUAGGAUUUUUGUAAGUGUAUGUGGAUUUAAUCUGACAUACUUGAUUGAUAUUCAUCUUCCCAGGUAGGGGAUCCAGGUGUCUUCUUUGAAGAUUUUGAACUCUAAAGGAGUAAAGUGCCAGACCUUGAAAUGAAUUAUUCUAGCCUUUCUUGGAUCCCAGGCUUUCUUGGAUCCCAGGCCAGGGGGAAAUAUUUUCUUUGAAAACACUGUCAUCAAAUUUAAUUAGGCCAUGAGGGGGAUAUUUUCUUUGAAAAUACUGUCAUAAAAUUUAGUUGGUUUAACCGUACUUAAAUUUUGACGCUUACAGCUGUUAGGCUUUAACUGUGCUUCACAGCUCUUAACUUCACUCUUAUUCAAUUAAUCAAUAAAUUGGAUAUUGGAUAAUAUUAAUUAAUUCUAUGUUACUAACAUUAAUUAGCAACUUAGGUUUUAGCAUUUCAAAUUAACUUGUAAUAAACGCUUAUACGUAAUAGCUUAUUACAGUUAUACUUAUAACUUAUAAGCGUUUAUUACUGCGUAGUUUGACAUUUGAAAGUUGGCACUUGGAACUUAAUACUGUAAUUGACUAAUGUAAUUGUAACACUCUGUAUUUCAGAGUGACAGUCUCACUUGUCACACUAGAACUGCUUCAUGCAACCCUGCUACAUUUUCUUAUACUAUGACAACUAUGUUGUGGAAUGUGGAACGUGCACCCAGGGAAACUAUUCAAAAAAUAUUGCAAGCGAAACACUAAACUUGAUUUAUUUAUUUUUAAGCAUGGAUUUAUUUAUAGUGAAUUUAAGAGACUGAGAUACCAUUAUUAUUUAUAUUUUAUUUAUUAUAUUGCAAGGAAUACAUUAUUUUAAAACAUUUAGCAUUGUUUUCGCCAGUAGAGAUGAUCGACACAUGCACAAGUGCCCGUAAUUUGGAGAUGUUAGCAGUGUGGAUACUUUAUUCGGUGUAUUAUAGUUAUCAGUUGAGGCAGUACAAAAAUAAAUGGAUGAUUUAAAUUUAAGGUAUUUAACGACAAGUUGAAAAAACUGAUGAUCGACUGUUGUUAAUCCUGUUAACUUUUUAAGAAUUUUCAAAACUUGCUGGGCCAAAGAAAAUUGAAAAUCCUUUCUAGCAAUCAAAAAAUUUUCUAGGAACAUCGUUCCCAGGAUCCACCGGGUUGGUGGAAUCAAUAUUACGGUCUGGUACUUCUUCUUCAGCCACGUACCACGUAGGUACGCGGAACUCUUCCUAUCUGUGUACUUACUUUUUGCUGGUACCACAUACACGACCUUUCCAAGCCCAAAGUUAUUCAACACCGUAAUUUAGUUGGUAUGUCUGAGAUCUUGGCAUUAAGCAUGAUUGGAAACGUUGGAGUCGAUUGUUUGUAUGUGCAAUAAAUUGUGCUUCUUUUUCUACCUCGUAGUCUGGACAUACUUUUCAGAAACCUGUACUUUAUGAACCUUAUUUUAAAGACUAAGUAUACACAUGAGUAUUGAGUUUGUACUAGCGCAAGUAUGCUGCAACAACCAUUGGCAUACCAGUCAGGUACGACUAAAAAUCUUGAAUUAUUGCAUGCUCUAAAGUCCAGGGAAAUGUGAUUUCAAGCAUUUUGGCGAUGUGAUUUUGUAGAAUUCCACAGAUUACAAAGUACAUCUAGCACAUGAUUUUUUAUGAUCUCACAAAUGUGCCUUCUCCCAGACAUUUAUCCUUGGAUUGAAUUAGAUUCACUAGGGUGCAAAUUAGGUGCAAAUCUGUCCAGUCCGACCACCCCACAGAUCAGUCCAAAUGGUCUCUUGACUAAUCAAAUGAGCAGGAUAGGCCACCUGAUUCUGUGAGAUUCUUACAUUUUACCGCUGCUCUAUAGAUAAAGCAUAUUGUUUGUUUUAAAACUGAUCUCAUAAACUGGACUAUGAUAUGAAUUUCAUAUUAUAAUCGCAAAGGUAAUUAAUUAUUCAAAUUUCGAGAUAACAAAGAAUUGUUUCUUGGCAAAAAAAUAUGUCAGUUGAACGCGACUGAUUGGACGUACCCUAGAUCCACCCCUGCCACCCACAGGAAUUGCACUUCAAACUUCAAUUUUUAUUAAUUAGCCUUUCUCACGCCGCCAUUUUUUGGUGGCUUUUCAGCCGAAGUCUGCAAGAUACAGUAAGUCUACAUAACAGCGACUUUUUAUAUUUUUUUGGACAAAUGAUGGUAAAUUUGCUUUGUUUUAAUUGCCUGCAUUGGUUAACAAGAAUUAGAUACUACCCAAAAAUGGCGGAUAUUCGUCAUCAUGAGAAAGGCUAAUUUCCCACCCCUUGACUGCACCUCCCUCCCCCGGGAUUUACAUGAUUGGUUUCAGUGCUUUCCCCUACAGCAUCUUGGAUACCAAUACCAUAGUCAACAAAUUUGAAGAACGAUGAUUAUUUUAUAGGGAUGUGCCAGAUUCUGUAUACCAGUAUCUGAUACAGUAUCUGGUAAAAUAUAGACAUUUUAUUUGAACGGAAAAAAUGUUUUAUUUGUCUGUUACAAAAUUGUGAAACAGGAACAAUUAUAUGUCUCUCUGCUGUAGAUUGCCUGCCGACUCCUGUGUCAUAAUAUUUAAAUAUUAAGAUGUACAUGAGUACAGUAAACCAUGAACUAUAUUAUGGGUAAAAAUAGUCAAGUAUUGUCUAACUAUCGCCAUUUGUAUCUGGUAUCUGCUUGUUAUCUGGAAUCCGGUUACCAUACUGUAUGCCAUGUUUCCCUAAUCAGUGUCCUGUAAUACUCCACUAUCCGGUACCAUCCUGUAUCCAGGAAAGUUGGAUGUAAAUGCUAGAUGGCGUCGCAAAACAGUAUCCAAUUGACACAUCCCAAUUAUUUUAUAAUAUUCCAUUUUUUCAUAUGUUUCUUCAGCCUUAGCUCCCUUUCUGGCCACUGGGCCUUUCUGACCCCCAGUACAUUUGUGCAUCCAAUGCUUUUAUCAUUACAUCCUUUGUAAGUUUUGGGGUCCAGUAAGGCUUUCUAGGAAGGAAGGAAGAAUAGAUACUGUAGAAAGAUUGCCUCACAGUCAGUGCUGUAAAAGUUACUCAUUUUUUGGAACUAGUUACUGUUACAGUUACAUUCCCAAAAAAGGAACUAGUAACUGGUAAAAGUUACAAAACUGCCGUUACAAAAUUACUUCAAUAUUUUUGUAACUUGUUACAAGUUACUUCAAGUAAGAAAAAACCCAGUUUUUUUCAACUUAAUGAUUAGUGGUCAUCAGAUUGACGUUAAUUAUUUGUAAACGUUAUGUAACCUUACCACUAAUGGAUCUCUCAGCUGUGUUAAGCACUGAAGCAUGCGUUGUCGUAGAAAACCGUGAGGAGAAUUUCGAGAACUGAGAGGUGAAUUGUAAGUUUUAACCACAAGAAUGUAACGAAAAAAGUAACGUAAACGUUGGCUAUAAAAGUAACGCGUUAUCGUUUCAUUUUAGGCCAAAAUGUAACUCGUUACAGUUUCAGUUACCUUAUUUUUAAAGGUAACUAGUUACCGUUACAGUUACUCAAAAAGUAACGAUUACUUGUAAUUUCGUUACUUGUAACGAAGUUACUUACAGCACUGCUCACAAUAUUAAUUAUCCUAUUAGAAGGAGUGGAAAAAUGUAUAUGUAGCAUACAAGUGCUCGCAGGGAAUUUUAUACACUCAGGCCUCAGCUGCAGGAAAUUACCGUAUUGCUACAUAUAUUUGACACAAAAUUAUUGUGCAGGGAAUUUUUUAUCUUUAGGUAGUGCUCACAGGAAGAAAAAUAUUUGUCAUCCCUGCUCAUUAGUUAGUUGGUCUAGGGGAGUAGGGGUAUUAAAUGGAACCUAUAUGGUUUCCAGUAGGCUCCUAGUCUUGUUAAAUAAUAUAGUUUAUUUUAUUUAUUGUACAUUAAAUAUUUUGGAUGAACUAUAUAAGUGACUAAAUAAAAAACCCGAAAAAGCGUCUGACCAUCAAAAACAUGCAGGGCCUGUGUACCGUUUUGCCAUAAUGAUCAUGAUAUGGUUAUAAAUCUGGCACAGUGACUGAAAAUUUUGCCAUUAUUUUGGAGAGUAGUAUUUAAUAUCAAUUAACUGUUUAAUUAACAUACAUCCGCUACUGAGAGAAAUCCACCCAUGAAAUAAGGUUAGGGUUUACUAAUUGUAGUCUUGACUAGUUUCCUACAUAUAUCAGCGUGUCUUUGCCUAUAGUAACUUAAUUAUUGACCGCUACAAUAUUGACAUACAAUAGUAAUAUAACCUGUCAAAUGCUCCUGAUAAACAUUACAGUCUCCUUUCGACUGCCAGUCUGCAGUCUUCGACGGGUAGAUAUAUAAUGUGCUAGUGAUAUAAGAUAUGAUACAGAGUGAAUAGUGCUAUACAAAAGCGGUUUACAAUUACAUUUACUGACAAAAGACAAUUACUGACAGUUCCGCCUGCGUAAAUAUAUUGUGUAGAAUUUAAAGUUUUUUGAGCAAAAAGCGAUAUUGUUCUGGCAAAUGUUUUGAGUUGUUAUCAGCGUUGUUUUGAGUUGUUAUCAGUUGUUAUAAACUCAAAACAUUUGCCAGAACAAUAUCGCUUUUUGCUCAAAAAACUUUAAAUUCUACACAAUAUAUUUACGCAGGCGGAACUGUCAGUAAUUGUCUUUUGUCAGUAAAUGUAAUUGUAAACCGCUUUUGUAUAGCACUAUUCACUCUGUAUCAUAUCUUAUAUCACUAGCACAUUAUAUAUCUACCCGUCGAAGACUGCAGACUGGCAGUCGAAAGCUUGUUAAUAAAUAAAUCUUUUUUAACCAGAGAACGUUUACACAAUUAAUUAUGAAUCCUGGUUUCGCUUCCAACAUUUUUAAAAAAUUACAGUCUCCCUUGAACAUUUUGAAAUAUUGUCCACCGGUAAAAUGAACUACAGUAUACUUAACAAUUAUUCAGUGAGAUUGAGCAUGAUAUGAAGAAUUAUCCAGGCCGAAGUUUGUGUUAUCAUCCAAUGCCAAUGGCUAAGGUUGGUAUAACACAAACUCGGGGCUUAAUAAUUCUCCAUAUCAUAAUAAAACCGAUAAAAGGAAUAAAAAAGACAUCCACACGUAUAUUUCUAUUAUUCCGUGAACUGAAAUCAUCAGUUUGGCUACAUACAGUAGUGAAUAUUAUUUAUCCAAAAUUGUGAAUAUCGAAUACGAACAAGCGUUAGUUCGUAUAUUCUACAUGACAUAUACUGAUAUACAACAUGUAUAUCUACGUUAUUAUGACAAAUUCUCGUACAUGCAGAAUUUGGCUGUCAGUCGUAUACUGUAAGCGGCGAAAAUUCAAUCUCCUUACAGCAAUUAAUUAAUUCAAUUCUGUGCGAGAUCGUGAGUUUUUAUUAUUUUAUAGAUUCGUGAUAACAGCUUGGUUCAAAUUACGCAUGGUUCACUCAAUCCAACAACGGUUUCUCUUUUGCGCUGUAAGAAACAAAUCGUUAUUCCCUUUUACAAACUGCUUGGAAUUGUAAGUACCAUACUUUUAAUUAGCUUCGAUCGUUUGACCACACGCACUCAUCAAAUCUCAUCAAUUUUGAGAUGGUUCAAAUUAUGGUGAGAGCUGACGAGAGUAUAUGCGCAACGCGUGCGCUAAUAAUAUCCAGUCAACUUUCAAGUAUAAGUUGAUGCAAAUAACUGAGAUAUAACUGUGUUCACAUUACUCGCCUCGCGUAUUUCUACACUGACUGCUUAGGUAUAACUGUAUGGAGAUUAUGUAUGGAUAUGUUUAUAUCUAUUGAUAUAUUAAAUAGGAUAUUUUUGUGCAACUCAGAAUAUCGAGAAUAAAGUUGUUUUAAUUGUUUGUUUGGAUUUUUGUCCAUCAAUGCCACUUUUGAACUUUUCAUCACAGUUAUAAUACAACCUUUCCAAGUCUUUAAUUAUACGGUUUUGCAAAAUUAUUAGCAACGAGAACAAGGUGCUGUUAAUUCAAACAAAGUUGUUUGAAUUUUUGUGUUUGCGCUAGCGCAGAUACUGUAUAUUGCUAUCGUCUUGUUAGCUGUUAGCUUGUAGCCAAUCAGCGGCUCAGAAAAUUACGUCAUUAAGAAUACAGCAUUUAUUUGGGAUUCAACAUGGCAGCCUUCGAUGGAUUCAACAUGAGCGCCUUCGAUGGAACUUACUAACAGCAACGCAAUCACGAUUACGAUUAACGUUUCUAUAGCGCAAAUUUACAUGUGGAUAUCAUCAAAUGCGCUGACCUAAUUACAGUACUUACUUGGUCUGGACUAUUUAACUUUACAACAAUUGUGAUACCCACUUUUCCCUGCGGGAGGAAACCGGACCACCCGGAGAAAAUCAUCGACUUUCGGCAGAGCGUUGACAGACUCUUUUCGUAUAUGUCCCUAGCGAGAAACGAGGCCACGUUCUAGGUAGGUAGUGAAAGGUGCUUGCUCUGACGACUGCGCCAUCGAAGCCUCCACAGUCUGAUCGUAUAAUGGCAAAGGUUUUGUUGAGAAAGUAUCAAAAUACAACUUCCUGCCUUGGCGUUGAAUCAAGCCAUGCACUCCGCGUAACAAAGAAUUACCACUGAAAUUCAUAAUUAAUGAGUGAGAAUUUUGUGCUGGACGUCAUGUUGGCAUUUUGAUUAAUCUUUAAUUUUGUCUGUAAAAUUGCACUGUUGUGAGUGUUGUCAGACGAUUCAUAACAUAAGACUGAUUUAUUCAGUAGACGUAUUACGGGUAAAACAAGAUCAUGCCUUGUUGCAGGAUUAACUCAUGCCAGGCAGUGAAACUGGUAUAUGGGAAACAAGUUUCCAAAAACAGAAUUAAAUUUGUGUUACACCACAUUUUUAAUAUAGCCUACUGUAGUUCUAAACCAUCGCAAAUGUGACAAUAAUUUUAAAGAUCAAAGGUACCAUAAGAUUUCGACUGGCUAUUCUUUAAAGCGGGACUUCUAUUCCGCGGAGGUCGAGGGAACCAUCUUGCAGGGAAGGGGCUUUACACUCGCUGUUAAUGACGGUUUUUUAGCUGCUACUAAAUCGUUGCCGUCACUUUCUUCUAUACGGAUAAAUUAUCUGCAGAGGAACCUACUGUAGUGUCUCAUAAUGCAUUUCUGUUGUUGAUGCUGAAUCGCGCAUUAAAGCGGUUAAAUCCAAUGAAGCCCCAGGUCCAGAUUCUCUGCCAAAUUGGAUUCUCAAUAGUUUUUCAGUAGAGUUUCGGAACCUGUGACAAUUAUCUAUAAUCCUUCCAUUAACCAAGCACAGAUCCCAAAACAGUGGAAGGAAACAAAUGUUAUUCCUGUCUCUAAGACACCCCUGGUCACAGAUAUACAUUCAGACCUACGGUCCAUAUCUCUAACUGCAACACUGUCAAAGAUUAUUGAAUCCUUCCCAUUUCAAUGGGUUAUGGACGCCAUUUAUCCUAAAUUGGACCCAAUGCAAUUCGGAUCUUUAAAAGGCUGUUCUACAGUAGACGCAGUAAUCAGCAUGUUCCAUUGUUGGUGUUCUAACACCGACGGCAAUGGUGAAUCUGUUCGUGUUUUCCUGGCUUCCUGCUUGAUUUCAGCAAAGCAUUUGACAGAAUCAACCAUAAAAUUCUGAUAAAAAAGAUGCAUCUUAUUACUUAAUAUCGACAAAUCCUUAAUAAACUGGGUCAUUGAUUUCCUGACGCAAAGAAGGCAGAAGGUGAAACUGGGUUCUACAUUAUUUGAUUGGUCCUUGGUGAAUGGAGGUGUCCCGCAAGGUGCAAUCCUUGGCCCACUCCUCUUCCUAAUUAUGGUCAAUGACUUGGCUAUUAAUCAUAAAGACAGAUGGAAAUGUGUUGACGACACUGUAGUCUCUAAAACAAUCGGGAAAGGUUGUCAAAGUAACCUGCAAUCCGUCAUUAAUGAAAUUGAUCAAUGGUGCACGGAAAAUUAUAUGGUGCUUAGCCACUCCGAGUGCAAGGACCUAAUUAUUUCGUUUGUUAAAGACAUAUCUAAUUUUCGACCUUUGUUUAUUAAAGACCAACAUAUAUCCCCGUAUAUUCAAGUAUAUACUACAUGUAUUCGGCCUGUGCUUGAAUAUGCAUGUCAAGUUUGGAAUUUCAACUCCCCUGAUUAUUUAAAGGAGAGAUUGAAAGAAUACAAACGAACCUUACAUCAUAUAUGUCCUAACCUUACGUAUAUGUCUUAACCUAUCAUACCCCACAGCUUUAGAAGUUAAUGACAUAUCGUUUCUUUCUCAGAGAAGAAAUAAUUUAUAUAAAUCAUAUUUCAAGAAACUUCUUAAUUCAGAACAUAAGUUAAACAGUCUUAUCCCUGAUAGACGUGAAUAUUUACGUAAUUACAUACUUAUAGCCUAUGCAAUGAUCACCAUAUUAACUAAUUAAUUCAUUUUAAAACUACUAUAGAUUUCGUAAAAUACUUUAUCCCUUAUCCGCAUAUAACGAUUCUUUGUUAACAUAAUUUCUAGUAAUAUCACGGGCAAUAGGACAGGUGUAGUGUUGUUAAAUAGAAAGUUAGAAAUGGUAUUAUACUUGCUCAUGCAUUAUAAUUAUGUUUAAAAGAUCAGAAUAUUCAUAACUUCUUAUUUUGUUUCAUAAAUAGUUCUUUAAUAUUCGAAACAAAUUCCAUAUCUGCUUCGUCUGCCAUCGCCAUGUUUACUCGUCCCAAUCUACAUGCUGCACGGCAUUGCUGCCCCUCCUGGCAAAAUAAUAAGCAAGCGAGAAAAAUUAAGGAGAAAAUAAGAGGGUAGGAACAUUGUGGGCGUUUCGUGGGUGUGUCAUCGUUCUGGGCGAAUCGGCUUUCGCAAUCUUGUAUCACAUGACUAAUUCAAAUCGUCAUAGGCGGGAAGCAGCAUUACGUCAUCCCUACGUCAAAUAAAACGUUUUAAAACGCGUCGAGGAUUGUCGAGGAUACGUUUGUGCCAUAUAUGGAAGUUAUGGAUACGUUUGUGCCAUAUAUGGAAGUGUCACUGCAUCCAGCUUAUGACAACGAUGUUCCUACCCUCUUAUUUUCUCCUUAAUUUUUCUCGCUUGCUUAUUAUCUUGCCAGGAGGGGCGGCAAUGCCGUGCAGCGUGUAGAUUGGGACGAGUAAACAUGGUGAUGGCAGACGAAGCAGAAGUGGAAUUUGUUUCGAAUAUUAAAGAAUUAUUUAUGAAACAAAAUAAGAAAUUAUGAAUAUUCUGAUCUUUUAAACAUAAUUAUAAUGCAUGAGUAAGUAUAAUACCAUUUCUAACUUUCUAUUUAACAACACUACACCUUUCCUAUUGCCCGUGGUAAUAUUAUUUACGAUUAGCUUUUACCAUGUAUUUUAAAUGUGAACUCAGUACAAUUCAGCUGCUAGCUGCCAUUAGGAUUUUUAAUAAAUUCAAUUCAAAUAUUCUUCAAGGACGUGAUAUGGUUUUGACCAAUCGACAAACAGGAAAAUUGAACUUUGACACUCGCUAUAUAUAAUAAAUUAAAUUAAAAUGUUAAUUAUUAAUGUUAAAAAUAAUCGAACAUUUCGUAAAUUGUUACACUGCAUGUUUACGUUAUUUUUUUAUUUUUCCAUCCAAUGUUUCUCAGUCUAUAUAAUUCAUUGAUUUGAAUUUAUACUUGUAGAUUGCUUGGCGGCCGUUUGGUGGUAUGAGCCGAACGCAGUAUGCCGUAAUAAUGAAGUUAUUCAAUGUAGUCUAUCCCGUCAUGAUUGUAUCACUGUUACUCUUCAGCUACGUGACAAGCGCUGUUGCUUGCCGUGGAGAAUCUAAG